UAAAGGGAGCAAACCCAAAAUUGGCACACGUGUGAGAUGGUUGGUACUAUAUGAGAAGAAAACCUCGAUCGUCGUCUUUGAAACCCUAUCUCGCUUCCAAUUCGUAACUUGUACCAAUCACUUUACCCCCAAAAUUCCCAACCCUAACCCUAAAACCGCACCUUCUCAUGAAAUUCCUCACGCAAACCUUCACCAUUGUCUCUGAAUCAGAUUCGAUUCCAUAACCCUCGAAGAAUCUUCUUCUUCUCUUUCGAUGGAGGGCUCUUCAGAUGAUCUAGGAGCCCCUGAAUCAUGGGAGGUCGCCGAUUUGGAUGAUUCAAUGAACCGCUUGAACCUUUUGAUAUCUUCCAACAAAGAUUCCAAACCUCACGACCACGCCGCAGACGGUGUUGCUUCGGUACCUCCUCCUCCUCCUUCGUCUUCUUCCACCACUGGCGAUAAGGUCUUUGAUGAUGCUGUUAAUCAGGUUGAUCAGUUUCUUCGUGAAGCGAUUCAAAACCUUCGUGAACGCCUUUCAAUUUUACGGAUAGAGCAAGAUGUUCUGAAUUUAAUUCAAGAUCCUAAUCAGCAGCAGAUUGAAUUUAAUCAGCUUCCAACAUCCUAUUUAAGGCUGGCUGCACACCGGGUGGCUCAGCAUUAUUCACUGCAGUCAAUGGUCUUAAUGGAUAAUAAUAGUUUACCAGAUGGUUCUGGGUCAACAAUUAUUGUUCGCAAAACUGCUGAGUGUAAGCUUCCUGUUAUCCGACUUGCAGACAUCCCAGUAAAAUUGCCAUCAGAAAACAAUGCUGUAAUGAAGGUUGCAAUCAAACCAAGGCCACAGAAACAGUCACAGGUUCUUAACAAUGCAAAUUCAAACUCAGGGAAGAAAAACAGCUCUAAAAGUGUGGAAGAGAGAAAAGAGGAGUAUAAUAGGGCUCGUGCCAGGAUCUUUAAUUCGACCAAUAAUGGUGGUACAGUGGGUGGAAAGCCAGAAUGUGAGACAAGGCAACAGGAUAACUCAUUUAAUGGUUCCUCUGGGUUUACUCGGGGGGAAGAUAAAUAUUCUUCUGUAUCUGAUGUUAGUUCCAGUAGGGGGAUGAUUGGUUCUUCAACUAAUACCGGUAGGGGGCUGAUUGAGUCUUCGACAUAUACCAGUAGGGGGCUAGUUGAACCUUCAACUAAUACCAGUAGGGGGCUGGUUGAUUCUUCAACUAAUACCAGUAGGGGGCUGGUUGACUCUUCAACUAAUACCAGUAGGGCUAGAAGUAGGACAGAGAAGGAGUCAGUUGGUAGGUACAGGCAAAGUAAUAGGGUGGCCAUAUUCAGGGACCGUGAGAUUGACCGCAAGGAUCCUGAUUAUGACCGAAGCUAUGAUAGGUAUAUGCAAAGAUUUGAUCCUGGGUUUGGAUUCAAUGGAGGAUCAUACCCAAUGCAGCCAAUGUAUGCACCAGUAUUGAAUUACAACACAGAGUUUCCACAGCUUGGAUCCCCUCAUGGCCCCCAGCGACCCGCUGAACACCAACCACGGCCUCUCCCGCAGCAUAUAUCAGGGCAGCAUAUAUCAGGAACUUGGGUUGCACAAUCAACACCUGCUGGAAUUGGAUAUGGACAUCCAGAGACCAUGAUGUCACCAUUUAAUCCUAAUCAAGUUGGUGCACACUCUUCAUCAACCAUGUAUUUGCAUUCAUCUCAGUAUCCCUGUCAGCACCCUGGAAUGCCUUUUAUCCACCCUGAACAUAUUCACCAGCCCUUUGCACAGUCUCUUCAGCCACCACCUGAUGCAAGUUUUGGAUUGGCCCGGCCCCGAUGAGGGGCAUAGGCCAUGCCUGCACCCAGUCAGCCUGAGCUAUAUAAUGUUAGAUUAUGGUCUGCUGCAGCUACAGAUCUCUUUCAGCUGAUUGGUGUGCAGGCAUAUAGGCCGAGAUUGGCUGGAAUGGAAUUGUGUGUAUUUCUUAGAACAACUCAAACAAUGACCAUUCCUCUCAUCUCGGUCUUUGAAGGAUGCUUCAUGCAUCUUCCAUGAGUCCCAUGACUAUGUUUCUCUUGUCACAAUUGAUAUCCUGUGAGGAGCUUUUGGAGCACACACUGCUGCUCAUGAAUUAGAGUGAACCGAGGACUUCUGUGGAGCCAUAGAAGUUUGUGCUUGACUUGGAUGAAGGUAUGCUUUGCUUAACCUUUAUUGUGGCAUUCAAUUGUUCUUCAAGCUUGACUGAGUCAUUCUUUCCUCUUCAUGUUGAAGUUCAUCUAAUUCGUUUCUUGCGACCGGGUAUGUACGAAUACAGUGGAAUCAUCGGAGGGACACUUCAAUGAUUCAUUGCUUCAGCUCCACAAAUAGAGCUAAAGUGAUUUCAGAUAUUGCUUGGCGUCAUUUGCCUUCAGAUUGCAGGAACUUUUGUGCUGAAGAUUUAACUGGAGUUUUCUAGCUCUAGUUACUAUUCCCUAUAUACUUUACAGUCUGCCAAAUUAUCCGUUACCUCAUGUAUGGCCAACUUCUGUAUAUUUUACUCUCGUCAUACAUUUCUUUGUUUGAAUUUCCAUAUUUGCUAUGUUUUAACCAUUUUUUU